CAUUCGUUGAAGAACUGCUUUUGAGAUGGAGAACGCGACAGAUUCGAUGAGCACCGUGUGUCGCUCUGUAGAAUAUGGUCUUCGUAUGAUCGGCGUAUGGCCGGGUAUGCCGUGCGCAAUAUUAUUCAAAGUCCUCAGCAUAUCGUCGAUGAUCGUGUUUCAAAUCUUUCAAUAUCAAUACGCGAUCGUGCACUUUGCCGAAGAGGACCUAAUGGUUCUAAUGGACGGACUAAGCGUGACAUUCGCUUAUACUCUUUUACUUGUUAAAAUGCUUUUUUUCUCGUUUAAUACUCGUCUACUGAACGAAGUGAUAACAUGUAUCGCUAAGGAUUGGAAGAAUUGCUACAUUUUGGACGAGUACACGAUGAUUAAAGUAGCUCAUAGCUGUCGUUGGGUCUGCAAUGUUAUAAUUUUUUCGCACAUGAUGUCAGUUUUUCUUUACGCAAUAGGCACGUUAAUGAAGAUUAAAAAUGAAAAUCAAACCGAAGCUCGAGAGCUUAUCAUCAAGAUGGAGAUACCCUUCGAGAUCGAUAGCACAUUAGUACACGUAGCCGUUCUCCUUACGCAAUUUAUUCAUCAGACAAGUGCGGCUGGAAUGGUAGGAGUAUUGAAUUCUUUCUUGAUAAUAUUGGUUCUUCACGUAUGCGGGCAGAUUGAUAUAAUGCGGCAAAAAUUGAGUGCUAUUACACAGGGAAACGUCAGGCAAAGCGUCAACGAGAAUGUCAUGAAAACGCUUAUUGUUCGUCAUCAACAGAUUAUCGCUUUUUCCAAAAAUAUCGAGGCUCUCUACUCGAAUAUCGCGCUGAUACAAUUUGUAUCGAACACUCUGGUUAUCUGUUGUUUAGGAUUUCUUAUCGUGAUCUCUAUUGGUGCCCCGGGUGGAUCGAUGGUGCUAAUAAAGUCCGUGUUCUUUUACAUUGUUAUGAGCUUGGAGGCAUUUAUAUAUUGCUUUGUCGGAGAACAUCUCUGUACAAAAAGCGAGAUGAUCAGUGAAUCGAUGUACGAAUCACUUUGGUAUGAACUGAGCCCAAGUCAAAAUCGAGAUAUUCACAUUUUGAUGAUAAGAUCCCAAAAGCACUUGACACUUACGAUAGGAAAAGUUGUGGACCUCUCGUUGAAGCAAUUUGCCAACAUCCUGAAAGCUUCGGCGUCAUAUGUGUCGGUGUUGCACGCGAUGUAUUAAAGCUUAAACGUACAUUAUACGCCGCUUAUACCUUUGCAUGCGAAAGACUAUAGGUAUACUUUUACACAAUUGACAAUUUUCCUUAUAUUCGGAGAUUCGACAGGGUUUUGUAUAGAGAGUGUACGCGUAUAAAGGAGCAAGAAAAUUAUUUAAAUUAUGCAUAAGUAUAAAGCUAUAAAUAUAACAUUAAUUCUCUCGAUCGAUAUACUUGACCACAUCUAAUAAAACUAAAAUAAAAGCAUCUUUUUAAAACA